AUGUUCUUUGUGCAUCGCAUUGCUAGCAACAACAAUAUGCCGCAGCGUUCGCUUAGUCCGGCUACAACAGCAACAACAACAACAACCAUCCGCAGCUGCAGCAGUCCCGCCAUUUCGGAGAUCUCUGUAGGCUCGCCCAGUCCGCCACCGACGAGCAUGCAACGCACGCUAAAUCUGAAACGUUUGCGUCUUCUCCGCACCCCCACGCCCCUUCAGCAACAGGCCGCAGCGGCCAAGUGCAACAAAUCUCAGGCAGGUGAACGCAUCAAAAGCUUUAGCAUUGCGGACAUUCUAGGACGGCCCGAUGACAGACCUUCACCAGCAACCAUACCUGCAUCCAGUUUGCUUAGCGAGCGUCUGGCUGCCCCCAACCAUGGAGCCAAGUUGGCGCCACCACUGAUCGCACCAGCCCCUACUCUGCUCUGGGAUGCUGCCACUCGUGGCGCCGUACCCACUCUGCAUCCCUUCCUCUCGCCCGCUCUCCUGCACAGCUAUGAGCAGCGUCUGGCCUGGGACUAUCAGCGGCAGCUGCAGGAACACUUUCAGGCGCAGGCGCAAAUGCUGCGCCAAAUGAGCAUGGAUCCCGCCAUAAUACCCUCCGAGGACGGCUCUGAGCGUUCCCAGCGCUCCAGCAGCAGCAAUGGCAGCACCGAUUGCUGCUCCACCACAGAGCCCACGGCUGUGACAGAGACGGUUAGCGUUGAGGAGGACAAGCGAAAGCAUUCGAACACAAUUGGAAAUGGGAAUUCGUCAAAUCCUGCGGCUAGUGAUACACCGCUGGAUGCCCUCUUUCAGCUGUCCACCAAAAAUUUUGAUGAAGAGCAAGAUCCCGCCACACUCAACAUUUUCGCCACACGGCCCAAUCCGAAGAAGAAGCGCAAAUCGCGCACCGCCUUCACUAAUCAACAGAUAUUUGAGUUGGAAAAGCGCUUCCUAUACCAAAAAUAUUUAUCGCCCGCCGAUCGAGACGAAAUUGCCGCCGGCCUGGGUCUCUCAAAUGCGCAGGUUAUCACCUGGUUUCAAAAUCGACGGGCCAAGCUGAAGCGGGACAUGGAGGAGCUGAAAAAGGAUGUGGCAAGCGUGAAACAAUUACCCGACCAGUCAGCAGACAGCCGCCGCAACCACCACAACCACAGCAACAGCAACAACAACAACAGCAGCAGCUCCAACAGCGCGGAUAAGGAGGAGCUGCGCAUGCUGAAGCUGAUGACUCUGAUGCGUUAUUCGGAUGGCAAGCUGCUAUAUCCCCAGCCCCCACCACCACCACCA